AUGGAUAUAGCGUACCCUAUGGCUGCCAAUCUACCGGAUCUCGACUCGCUCAUUGACACUAAGAUUGAUGAGUUGAUCCGCAAGGACUUUGGCGGCCCGUCAGUCACCCAGCCCCGUGUAGGGGUGUUGCUAGUGCAGUUUCUUGAUGGCAACGGCAAAUCCAAGAAGAAAUCAAGCUGGUUUGGCCACGUCACUGAGGACAAACCGCUCACACCUUGGGAAUCUUGGACCCUCAAUGUCAUGUGCCUCCCGUUGGGAGACGUUGAUCUGCCUGGACCUGGAGAUCAAGCGCUCAACCCAGCGGAACGGCUGCUUCAGCUCUCACUCCUGAGUUUCGAGAGCGCGUUAGCUGAAGUCAUGGAUCUCGUGGACCAUCACAAACAUCACAUCCCGCCCAUUAUGACGCUCGAUGUGCUGCCGUUUCCUUACGAGAUCACCAUCGAUCCCAAGCGAGAAGGCACCCAACAACUGACAGCCGAAGACGAGUCAUGGGGCCACUACAUUAAGAAAAUCAUCGACUAA